AUGCUAGACACAGCUAGCAAUGGGAACUUCCUCAACCAGGAUGUAGAUGAUGGCUGGCAACUUGUGGAGAACAUGGCCAUAUCAACAGAAUGCUAUGGAGAGCACUAUGAAAGUACAGACUGGAGCUCGACCGCGCACUCGAUCGAGCUGGACGCUCAGAUGAGAAAAGACAUGCUUGCACUCAACUCGAAGUUGGACAAACUGAUCCUAGCCCAAUUCCCUGCCAAGCAUGUCAACUAUGUCUCAGAACAAACCUUAGUCAAGGACCAGGAAGGGGAGGAGACAACACAAGAGGUUUGCUACAUUCAAAAUAGACAAGGAAGCUAUAGGAAUCCUCAACAAGGGCGAUACAACAAUUAUCAAGCCCCCUGGCCGCACCAACAACAAAGUGUUCCACAAGAACUCGAUCGAGCUGGAGAAACUGAGACACUGCAAGACAAACCAGAGCUCGAUCGAGCCAGAAGAGCAGACAAAGCAAACUCCAGCCAACCAGCUAAACCUGUUGCAAAGAAGAAAGACACUCCAGCAGGACCACCACCAUACAAGCCCCCUCUGCCCUUUCCAGGAAGGUUCAAGAAACAACUGUUGGAAGCACACAAGGCCAAGUUUGAUGAACUAAUGAGACAGCUUGAGCUGAAGUUGCCCUUCAUCGACGCCUUGAUGCUCAUUCCACCUUAUCAGAAAUUUCUGAAGGAUGCUGUUCAGCAAAGAACCAGGGAAGCACAAGGGAUGGUAGUGUUGACUCGCGAGUGCAGUGCAAUCAUUCAGCGGAAGGUCAUCUCCGACAAAAAGGAAGAUCCGGGGAGUUUCACUUUGCCCUGCAUGUUGGGACCCCUAUCUUUCAAAAACAGUCUCUGCGAUCUAGGAUCAUCUGUCAGCCUCAUGCCUUUGUCUGUAGCAAAGAGACUGGGAUAUCACAAGUACCAAGCCUGCGGAAUCUCACUAGUCUUGGCAGAUAGAUCGAUAAGGUUACCAACUGGGAUGCUUGAAGACCUGCCUUUGAGGAUAGGGAAUGUAGAAAUCCCCACCGACUUCAUUGUGCUUGAGAUGGAUGAGGAACCAACAGAUCCAUUGAUUCUAGGAAGGCCAUUCCUAGCUACAGCAAGAGCAAUGAUAGAUGCCAGUUUGCGAAGUCAUGGCAGUGAGCUCGAUCAAGAACUCGAUCGAGUCGGUUUCGAACAAACGAACUCGAUCGAGCUGGGGACUGAAUGCAAGGAGCAAGCUCAAGGAGAUUGGUCUGAGCUCAAGGCACCUAAAGUCGACCUCAAACCUUUGCCUGAGGGCCUCAGGUAUGCAUUUCUGGGUGAAAACUCAACUUACCCUGUCAUUGUGAACUCUGAUUUGGAACCUGAACAGUUGAGUGCUUUGCUUGUUGAAUUGAGGAAGUACAGAAAGGCAAUAGGUUACACUCUAGAUGAUAUCAAGGGGAUCUCCCCUGACCUAUGCAUCCAUAGGAUUCAUCUAGAGGAUGAAAUUCAUUGCGUCCCAAAGAAAGGGGGGAUCACUGUCAUUAAAAACGACAAAGAGGAGCUGAUUCCCACUAGAACAAUAGUGGGGCAUCGCAUGUGUAUUGACUAUAGGAAGCUAAAUUCAGCAUCUAGAAAGGAUCAUUUCCCUCUCCCUUUCAUUGAUCAGAUGUUAGAAAGAUUGGCAAACCACCCUUUUUAUUGUUUUCUUGAUGGCUACAGUGGUUUCUUCCAAAUCCCGAUCCACCCUAAUGAUCAGGAGAAGACCACUUUCACAUGCCCUUAUGGCACCUUUGCUUAUCGAAGGAUGCCAUUUGGGCUGUGCAAUGCUCCAGCUACUUUCCAGAGAUGCAUGACCUCCAUUUUUUCAGAUCUGAUAGAGGAGAUGGUAGAAGUCUUCAUGGACGAUUUCUCAGUCUAUGGAGCAUCCUUCUCCUCAUGUUUGUCUAACUUGUGCAGGGUGUUGCAGAGGUGUGAGGAGACAAUCUAG